AUGACAUCAAAUAAGCUGAAACUGAACCAAGAUAAGACUGAGCUUGUAGUAUUUGCUUCAAAAGUCCACCAGCGUCUACUCAAGGACUUUACAUUAACCUUGCAUGAUAACACAAAGUUGAAGCCAUCACCAAAUCUUCGCAUCCUUGGAGUCGUCUUUGACAAUCUCAUGCUACUGGAUGAUCAUGUUUCGAAUGUUGUCAGGAAUGUUAAACAUCAAAUCCGUAAUCUAAGCAGAAUCAGGAAAUAUCUAGAUGAAAACACCACACAUGCUGCUGUUCGUGCCCUGGUCCUAUCAUGCCUUGACUAUUGCAACAGUCUUCUUUACGGCACUACAACUAAAAACAUCCAUCGUCUUAAGCUACUCCAGAACCAUUCAGCACGUCUCAUCUUUUGUCAGCCCAAGAACCCCAACACUUCACCUCUACUCAGCACUCUGCACUGGCUCCCUGUACAACAUAGACUCUAG